AGGAUGUAACUAGGGAACUACUAGAAAAUGCUCCUGAUAUUGUCCUCAUAUUGAUCUUUUUUGGCUUCACUCGGCGGGCGUCCUCAUCGUGCUCUUGUCUAUGCUUUCAAUAUAGGAGUGUCCAAACCUGUUUGUAUGAUCGUGAUUGGAAGUGAUUCCCAGCAUUACGAUUAAGUACAGCAAUUAAUAUAAUGGAUAUAGACCCUUUCACUCAGCGUAUGUUGGAGCGGGCUAGAUCAAGGAGAGAAAAAUUAGAUACUCAACUAUCAAACGCAGGACAUGAUGUAAAGAAAAGACGGAGUCCUUUGAAAGAUACAAAUACUAUUUUAGUUCAGGCUACAGUUACUAAGAGUAAGACUCCAACCAAGUCUCCUGCCAAAAUAUCAACAGAGAACACAUCUCCAGCAAAGUCUUCACGAAAAUCUAUAUCUAAAACUGAAAGUAAUCAGCAUAUAAAUAAAGAGAAUAGAGACAUUGGACUUUGCAAUGUGAAGUCGAAGUUACAAAGACUUGGUAAACUAUAUUCUGAUGACAGUAGUGGAGAACUGAGUUCUCCCAUUCAUAGAACAGAAGAAAAAUUUAAUGCAGAGGAAGAAGAAGUUGUUGAACAGAAACCAUCCAAACGAGGAGCCAGACUUGAUAGAUUAGCAGCUCUUGCUUCAACAAUUAAUAACUGGGAAGAUGAUCUUUCACAUCCAACUUUGGUCAAACCAGUAAAUAACAAAGUAGAAAGAAUACAAGCAAAACUAAAUGAGCAAGUAAGAUCUAUAUCAGAACCACAACCAAGCACAAGCGGGUAUAGCAAGACAAAUAGAAAUAGCAAAGAUAGUAAUUAUAAGAAAGAAGAAUCUUACUGUACAAAACAGUUGAAGUGGGAUAAAACUAUAUUGGACACAUUAGAGGCUCAAGGCUUUAGUCGUACACAAAGCGAUACUCGCCUUGUAUAUGACUAUAAGUCUUGUUCUCAGGGAAAAGAUGUGGCUCCUUCGAGUUCGUCACCUAAACGACUUCAACAAAAUCAAGAAGCUGUUACACCAAAUUGUGGUGAAAAAUAUUACAAAAAAGAAAUUUCAUCAAAACAUACUGAUAAUAAAAAUUCUAAUACUCCAGAGAAACCAUCAAGAAAUGCAACACCAAAUACAAAUGGUAAUCGAGUAACGCCUAGAUUUGGUUAUAGUAGCUCUCCUAAGAGUCCUGCUCAAUCUAGUCCAGGUUCAGUAUUGAGCAAAGCUUCGUUAUUUGAAUCUAAAACCACAGAAACUAAGACAAGAGAUCCUACCCAAAUGACUCUUUCUGAGAGGAUGGCAAUUUUUGAGAAAAAUAAAGGAGAAGCUCCAUUAUUACCCAAGGCACCUCUUGCUAUGUCUAUACCACCAAAAAAGUUACAAGAAAAAGAUAAGAGUAAUUCAUCGACAGUGCAUCCAAAUAAUAAUGGAGCAAAGGUACCUAAAGCUGAUAUACCCAAUAAUACUGUUAAUGUUCAGCGAGAAAGAUUUGAACAAGGCUUAAAUACACAAGAGCUAGAAAAUAAUAUUUUACAUAACACUUAUCUGGAACGACAACGUGAAUUAGAUAUGCUACGUUCCCGUUUUAACAGAAACAAAAAAAUGGCACAAGCAGUUACUGGUUCAUACAUAAGAACAAGUGAAAGUAGUGAGGGAAAAUCAAAUUCACCUAAAAAUUCUCCAGUUUGUCCAGUAAAACCAACACCUGCACCUGAUUAUGGUAUACCACCUCCUCCACCACCUCCUCCACAAUCGCAUCUUUCUAAUGAGAAGUCAAUUUUAAAUCAAAAUAAAAAUUCACCGAGUAAAAGACAAGUUAUAGGAACUCCAUCAAAAGCAACACAACAAGCAAAAGUAACGUCUGAUAUUAAACGCAUUCGAGUUGCUCCACCUAAACCUGGACAUCUUUAUCCUAAUCUUUCCGAAAUUGAAAGUGCUGCAGAAUCAGGAACGGAUACAGAAUAUACUGUUAACAGUACAGAAGCAGAGACUGCUACUUUAGAUGAGAAAAGUGGUACAGAAACGAGUACAGAGGCUGAAUACUAUGUGGAGGAUAAUGAAAGUGAGAUUGAAAGUGAAGAAGAAAGUGGAGAUAUGAAUACUAGUCUUGGUAGAAGUAUUUUACGUGCUGUAAAUGAGCAAUCUUUCUUAAAUAAAAAGAGAUCAAUUGACCCAGAUCCAGAUAGUACAACUUCUGAUAUUUCAGUGUUGAAUGAAAUGGAUGAGUAUUUAGAUGAAUGCUUCCCCCAACAGGAAGGGUAUGAUGGCUGCUCUUAUACAGAGGAGGGACCAACUCCUCCUAAAGUAAACAAGGGAGGUAAAAGCCCAUUAAUGACUUCAACAGGUUUCAAAUAUAAAGAAGGAUCACCAUAUCGUUCACCUACAAUAAGAGUUUCUUCAGCAUCUCCUCAAAAGACAGAGCCUUACAUUGUUGAUGGUGACAAUUGUGAGCCAUUACUACGCAGUGUCAGUUUUUAUAGACGACAACAAUCUCAAACGCCAAAGACACCAGUACGGAUAAUAUCAAGAACACAAGUAUCAACUAAUACUAUUCCCGAUGAAACACAAUUUGAUCCUAAACACGAAGCAAUUUUAGUGGAAGAAAAAGUGAAACGAUUACUAGAUGAAGUAUGCAAACAGCAGACAAUUAUUAGUCAAGCUAGUCAGGCACUGAAUUUAUGUACUUCUACUGUGGAGUUCAAUGGUUCCAUGGAACAGGUUGAAGGAGAGAGAUUGUUGCUUGUUGCCACCCAUAGAAGACAAGCUGCUCUAAAUGAAGUUCAACGGUUAAAGGUAGAAGGUACUUUAAAACCUGUUACUCCUACACCCGAAAUGCAAGAAAGUGGUUCUGUAACAGUUUCUGCUAUUACUUUACCUCUCAAACGAGAUUAUUUUCGUAGUAUGGGUACAAGUACGUGUUAUCACUUUGUUUGUUUGAUGCGGUAUUUAGAAGAAGUAGUGGUUACGCCUGUAGUUGUAGCAGAACCUGGUGAUUCGUGUCUCCGAUUUCCAUCAACAUUGAAACUAAAUGAUUUAUAUAAUGACUUUAAAAUUACUAUUGAAAUAUACUCAUUACAGACACAACCAGAGAUUUUACCACAUGAAAUUAAGUAUCAUAUUAAUAGUGGUAGUGGAAGUAGUAAUAGUAGCAGUAAUUGUAAUAAAAAGUUGGUAAAUAAAACCCCAAAGAAAUUUUUGAAACAAGAAAGUCGAUUAGUAAUGCCCAGCUUGCAAAGUCCAGCUGGGCCAUCUGCUGUUAGAUCUCCAGCUUUUCAACUAUCUGGUUACGUCAUUUUUAGUUUGAAAGAAAUACAUCGACAACAAUUCACAUUGAAUAAGGUACUGCCACAAUCCCCAUUAGAAGGCCGAUUGCAGAUGUAUGUUUCAUGUGAACUUUCGGUAGCAGUUGAACAUAGAGGAUUUCUUACAAUGUUUGAAGAUGUAUCUGGAUUCGGUGCUUGGCAUCGUAGAUGGUGUUUGCUCAAAGGUCCUACUUUAUCAUAUUGGAAAUAUCCUGACGAUGAGCGGAAAAAGGCUCCCAUUGGGAGCUUAGAUUUACAAAGUGUUAGUACAACAAAUGUAGGAUUAGUUUCUCGAGAUAUUUGUGCUCGUCCUAAUACCUGUUUGCUUGAAACAACUAGAGCUACAGAACCUGAAGAUGUUGAUAGUUUAGUUAUGGUUAGAAAUGGUCCGACAACGACAAUUAGGCAUCUCUUAUCAGCCGAUACAAAAGAAGAUAGAUUAGAAUGGUGCUCAAAACUUAAUAAAAUACUAAAUCUGAUACAUGCUUGGGGAGGGCCAUUGACAUUAUCGCAAUAAUUUGUAAGUAAAAAUAUUAAAAAAUCGUAGCGUGUCAAAGUGCACUUAUUUAUCCGUGUAGUGCGUAUACACGUUUGUACGCAAUAUAUACUUUUGUAUACUAAAUGACGCAAUUAAAUUUUGAUUGAAGAUAGUUUAUCUAUAUGUAUUUGCAAGCUACAUAUUAUAAAUUUGAUAAAUCAUGACAAAAAGGUUUUUGCUAAAAAUUAAUAAUACGAAUAGUUUUUAAUAUUAGAAAGUUUAAAGUAUAAAAACAGCACAAUUUUAAUCAAAUCGCUAUUGAUAAGUAAUGUAGUAAAAUAUUUUUCAUCAAGAUAAAUAAUCUCAAAAAAUAUAAGGAGUAUUUUUUCUUGUAGUAAAAUAAUUUAAAUUAAUUUUGUACAAAAAGCAGUUGCAAAACAAAAUAUGAAAAUUGGAAAUUAGUUAUUAAAAUCUUAAAAUAUUAUAAAUUAUGUAUGAUUUAAAAUGGCUUCCUAUUUCUUAUAAUGUGUUUUAAUGAAUUAAUAUGAUCAUGAAAUUGAACCUGAUUACAAUUUUUAAUCGUAGGUUUCAUCUGAACCUAUUGAAAAUUCUAAUUAUGUAUCUUAGUACUAGAUGUGUAACGUAAUUCUUAUAUUGUAAAUAGAAAAAUAAUAGCGUAUUAAUAUAGCCACUAACAAAUAUAUAGUCAAAUAUGCAUAUAUGUAAACACAAAGUACAUACCAUUUUGUACGUAUAGCAUAGUAUCGCUUAAAAAUUUUGUAUCUGAAAAAUUUUUAUAUUUUUUAUUUUCCUAUAUAAAUAUUUUGUUUACAUUU